AUGACCGAAACAGAAAAUUUAUUAUACAUUUUAUCCAAAAAUGCUGACGACGACGAAAACCUAAUUCGAGAGCAAGAGCAAGCUCUUAUCAAACUCGGGGAACUUUAUCGUGACCAGAGAAAGCCUCAUGAAUUAUCAAACUUGAUUCGUUCUUCACGUUCUUUUAUGGCAUCUAUUGCAAGAGCAAAAACUGCAAAAAUCGUAAAGACACUGAUUGAUCUUUUCUCUGAAAUUCCCGAUACAUUACCGCUUCAAAUCGAAAUCUGCAAGGAAACAAUUGAUUGGAGCAUACAAGAGAAACGAAUUUUUUUAAAACAAUCAUUGGAAACUCGACUAGUUGCUUUGUAUCUUGACAAUAAAAUGUAUCAUGAUGCUUUAACCCUUAUUAAUUCCCUUCUAAAAGAAUUAAGACGUCUAGAUGAUAAAAUGGUUUUGGUUGAAGUUCAAUUAUUAGAAAGUAGAGUUUGUCAUGCGUUACGGAAUUUACCAAAAUCUAGGGCUGCUUUGACGUCCGCCAGAACGUCUGCUAAUGCCAUUUAUUGUCCACCUCUUCUCCAAGCUACACUUGAUAUGCAAUCUGGAAUUUUACAUGCUGAAGAUAAGGAUUAUAAGACUGCUUAUUCGUAUUUUUACGAAACUCUUGAAGGAUAUUCAUCACAAGAUGACCAUAGGGCUAUCUUGGCUCUUAAAUAUAUGUUACUUUGUAAAAUUAUGUUGAAUUUGUCUGAAGACGUAUAUGCAAUUAUUAAUGGAAAACUUGCAUUACGUUACGCGGGGCGCGAAGUUGAUGCAAUGAAGGCUGUAGCAACUGCACAUCAAAAUCGUUCGCUUAUUGAGUUUGAAACUGCAUUAAAAACUUAUAGUGAUGAGUUGGAAAAUGACCCGAUUAUCCGAUCUCAUCUCGCCGCGCUUUAUGACACUUUACUUGAACAAAAUUUGGUUCGCAUAAUAGAACCAUUUUCAAGAGUUGAAAUUUCCCAUGUUGCAGAAAUGGUUAAAUUACCUACUGGUCAUGUUGAAACAAAAUUAUCCCAAAUGAUUUUAGAUAAAGUAUUUCAUGGAAUUUUGGAUCAGGGUGCAGGAUGCUUAAUCGUAUUUGAUGAACCUCCUCAAGAUAAAACUUAUGAAGGAGCAUUAGAAACUCUUAAACAGAUGGGUAAUGUGGUAGAAUCUCUAUAUGAGAAAAAAAAUUUUAUGGUCCAAACCGGAGAUCCAACGGCAACUGGCCAAGGUGGUGAAUCAAUAUACGGGAUUUUACAUGGUCCAGCACGAAAGUAUUUUCCAGCAGAAAUUCAUCCUAAACUAAAGCAUAAAAAAAUUGGAACAGUAUCAAUGGCUGUUGCCGAAAAUGGAAAUGUUAGUGGAUCACAAUUUUUUAUUACGACGGCUGAAAACCUAGAUUAUCUGGAUGGAAAGUACACAAUUUUUGGUGAAGUUGCAGAAGGAUUUGAUACUCUUGAAAAAAUCAAUUCAUCUUAUUGUGACGAUACUGGAAGACCUUAUAAGGACAUUAGAAUCAAACAUACUAUAAUACUUGAUGACCCAUUUCCUGAUCCUGAAGGUUUGGUUGUACCGGAUCAGAGUCCACCACCAACCAAAGAAAUGUUAGCUACUAUAAGAAUUGGUGAAGAUGAAAAUAUUGAGCCUGAACUUCCUCCUGAGACAAUGGAAAAACUUCAACGGCAAAUGGAAGCACAAGCACAAGCUUUAACAUUGGAAAUGAUUGGUGAUAUACCAUUUGCAGAAGUAAAACCCCCAGAAAAUGUUCUAUUCGUAUGUAAACUUAACCCAGUUACUAGAGAUGAGGAUUUAGAAUUAAUAUUUUCAAGAUUUGGAACUAUUAGUAGUUGUGAAAUUAUUCGUGACAAAAAAACUGGUGAUUCUCUUUGUUACGCUUUCAUUGAGUUCGAUAAUAAAGAGGAUUGUGAAACAGCCUACUUCAAAAUGAACAAUGUUCUAAUAGAUGAUCGACGUAUAAAAGUUGAUUUCUCACAAUCAGUAUCUAAACUUCACAAAGAUUGGAUCGCUUCAAAGGUUAAAAAAGAGAGAGGUGGUGUAGAUGGUGGAUAUGGUGGAUCUGCGAGCUUAGAAAAAAGGACAAGAUAUCGUGGGGGAGAUGACGCACCAACUGAUAAUCGUUUGCACAAUUCAAAGUAUCGAUCCAUUUAUUCCAAAGACAAACAAAAACAAGUAGAAAGUGACGCGUCGGUAUUGCCAGAGUCUGUUUUGCAUUGGUUGACAAACGAACUUGGAUACAGACAUGGACGAAGUGCUUCUUUACUCGAUGAAGUAACGGAGCAGGAAUUAACAAAGGAAGAUACACAAAAACUUUGUAGAAAUGAGUUUGUUCCUAUCCUUAACUUUUUAAUGCAGAACGGAAGCAGAUCGAAUCCGGAAAUCAUUGGCAAAAAUCGAAUUAAGAAAUCCCAUCAAACAAAACGUAAUAAAGGAACGUUAACACCAUCCGAAUCCACUUCAAUAGAAGAGAAUUACGAGCAACGAAAAUUAAAACUUGAAAAAAAAUUUUCACAAACUAGCGAGGUUGUUCAAGAAACAGAACAAGAAAUAGCUCAAUUGAUUUCACGUAUUGCGGACGUUGAGUCAGAAAUUCGAUCCGUCAAAGAUGAUAUAAGUGAAAAAAAGAAUAAGAUUUAUAUGAAACAGGUUUUUUGUGAUAGUUGUAGACGUUUUAUGAACUCUGAAGCUGAAUAUCGGAAACACUUGGAAAAGUUUAAGCCUAAGGCAGGAACUAAAGAUGAAAUAAAUUUCGUGCCGAAAGGGGAUUCAUCAAUGACAACACCACCAAAAGUGUUUCUCAAGUCCAUGUUGAAUACAAUGAGAUCAGCAUCUAAAGAUUUAAACACAAAAUUUGAGCAGCUUGCCGGUGAAAAAAUUAUUACAGAUGAAGAUUCUAGUCGGACAUUUAUGAGAGAUCAUUCGUCAAAGUUCUUUGAGGUUGAAAAAAUAUUAAAUGAUAUUGUAAAAAUUAACGAAAAAAUAUUAGAAAAACACGCGUCAGUAAAACUUCUUGUUGAACAAAAAUAUUCGCAUAUUCCAUCCAUGUCGAAUCGAAUAAUAUCAGUUAUAAAUGCAAGGGCCGAUUAUGAGGCUGCGCAAGCUGCACUUAGUAUGAUUUCUAGUUUUGCUGAAGGGCUUGAAAGACGAUGUCAAGGAUUAGCGUCAUCAAGUGACGAAUUGGCAGCAAUUUCUGAUAGCGUCUCUAAUUCGAACCAAAUUAUAGAACAGAAACAGGAAGAUAUUCAAAACUUAAUUUCCAUCAAUCAGCGAACAGGAGAAGGUUUGCUUGAACAAUCUCGAGAGAUAUCAAGAUUUAUACAAGAAGAGCUCAGUCCUUUUAAAUUGCGUAUUGAAUCUUUAACUAAGGAUCUUGAUUGCUCGAUGUUACGAGAGAACGAACAGUUUCAAGAUUUAAAUUUAAAGUUGGCAGUACAAGUCCAGUUAAACAAUGAUUUUCGAACCAUUAGUUCCCUUGAUAUCUACAGGGUGUUUAAUGAUAAAUUUAUAGGAGAAGUAAAGGAAAUGAUACGUUGUCCAAAGUAUUCGAGCAUUGAUUGCGUUCUUAGGAUUUUGGCUGAUUUAAAGCGUGAAGGUGCUGCUCUCGAAAUUACGCGAAAUAGUUUAAUCAAUAAUAUGAGUGGUGUAAUUGAAGAAUCGAUGUUUAAUAAAAACGUAACAUAUGAGCAAACAAUUAAAGACAUGAAAAGUUCAAUCGAAAGUUUAUCAGAUAUGUUAGAAAAACAAGAAAAGGAAUUCUCUGAAAAAUAUGUUCCAAAAAUAAAAGAAGAAAUUGAGAAGAGUAAUGCAGCUGAGAAUACUUGUAAAGAAAUUCAAGCGAUAAUUGAGGAACG